UUUCCAAAGGGAGUCAACUGCCGCUGGGAACGCACGGCCAUCUGUCCCCCUGACGAGCCCUUCUAACGGCUCCUUGGAUCACACCCCCAGCAGCCUCCAUGGCUCCGAUCCGCGGCGACACUCCAGAAGGAGAAGGUGAUAGCGGAUUCAAAUCUGACAGGAAGAUGAGGAAACCUCUGGUAGAGAAGAAAAGAAGAGCUCGCAUCAAUGAAAGCUUACAGGAACUCAGGGUUCUCAUGGUAGACCUGGAUCUACAGUCGAAGAUGGAGAAUGCAGAAGUUUUGGAGGUUACCGUAAAACAUGUAGAAAACAUUCUGCAGCACCGAGCACAAGAAGCAGAUGCUCUGAACAGGGAGGCCAGGGAGCGCUUCGCUGCUGGGUACAUCCAGUGCAUGCAUGACGUGCAUACAUUUGUGUCCAGUUGCCCUGGAAUCGACCCUGCCAUAGCAGCAGAGCUGCUGAACCACCUCCUGGAGAGCAUGCCCCUCAAUAAUCAGGAGCAUCUUGAUGCAGAUAAGUCAGCCUGUAAUAGCACUUGGCCCCACCCUGAGAGGAUGGACACCACCAUGGUGUCCCCUGCUGCUUCCAACACCUCCACCGAUGACCUUAGCUCUGACCUGGAUGAGGUAGACUCAGAGCAAAGCCGAGCUUCCUCCACAGAGGAGGUAGACACCCAGAAUGUAUCAUCUGGUCUACCUUUCUCAAAGUCAGUUUGGAGACCUUGGUAGAGAAUGUUGAAGGAGCUUUCAUGAACUAGAUUGUUGGCUGGUUUUGGAAUGGAUUGGACAGGCCUUAAUCAACACUAAACAUACCUCAAUAUGCAACAUUAUACUAAGACAAUGGUUCUCAAUUUUUUUUUACUCAAAUACCAUAAGAGUACGUUUUCCAAGUUCAACCAUUUUUAUAGAUUUUUAACAGAAAUUAAACAAAACUUGGAACUCUGAAAUGUUCUGGGCUGUAGCGUAAAAACAAAAACCGUCUCUUGGCAACGCAUGGCUGAUUAAAGAGUGUGGUUUACUUUAAUCAUUCAAUAAUUUAAGUAAAAUCACCACCACCCCUUGUUCUUGGUUGUUCUGAGUAAUAACAACAAUGGCAGCCCAUUAAUCAUAAGCAGUACUUGUACCACAAUUUAUAACCACGUGUCUCAGACUAUUGUUCUCAGGCUGUGGUACAGCUGGUAUUGAUUCUCUCUGCAAUUACCCUUUUACUUAUUCAAAUCAUUGAGUCACAGAGUACAGUAUAACAUCUGCUGUUGUAUGAAUUCCUUUAGUAUUUAAUGCAUUACAUCCAAGCCUAGAUACUGAGCUAACCAAGUGAUGAUGCAGGAUGUGUUUAAUCUUGUAUUGGUAAACCUAUUUAGCCUGUUCAUUGACUACCUCAGUUAGCAAAUACCACCGGUUUUUCAGACAUGUGGUAAUAAGAGAUCAUCACAUCACGACAGGGAAGUUGUUGAGCUUAGAGCAACAGCGUAUAUAACAAUGAAAUAGCAUUCGUUAUCUACAAAUAUAAUGUUGCUCAAAUAAGCUAAAACAUUAGUUAUCUUUGACUACUUGUUAUCUUUCUUUCAACUCACUGUGAUAUGACAACUUUCUACAAAAGACAUCAGAAAUAUUAUCAGCAGUGCUUUUGCAGAUCAUCGCUUCAUAAACAUUCAGAUGCUACUGAGUCAAUUGUGAACUGGGAACAAGUACUAGAGGCUUUCUAAGAAGCAGGGGGGACAUCUCUGUUAGAACCGUGGGCAAAUAAGGACAGAAGACAAAGAGAACAAUUCAUACAAGUCAUUUUUACACUCGUAUAGUCUUUUGUUUGUGGGCAGUGUCAAGCCAGUAAGUGGUGGAAAUAGGCAGUUUUCCAAAACAAUUUAUACCAAGGAAUAAAAGUCCCUGUCCUGUUCUUUAAUUGAUACAUAAUUAUAUUAUUUUAGUGCUUUUUUAGUCUAAAAAAUGGGAACCACUUUGUCUAAGACAUCAUGAAGCUCUUUGUUAAAUGUUUUAAAACUUAAGUAUUUAAAUUGUAAAAUAUGAUUAAAUCAGUUCCAGAAAUUAAUGAUCUGUAUGUUUGAAAUUUAAACGUGUUUAAGGCCUACUUUCAUUGAAUGCUGUCAAUACAUUUGUAAAUAUGUAUUUGUUAACAUUUAGUUGUUUCUCUGCAGAUACUGUGUUAGUUAAAUUAUUUCCAAUUUGAAAAGUCCCAAACGUUGUAUUUAUAGUGCUUUAGUAAGCUACCUCAUCUGAUUAUUUUAAA